AUGGUGAGCACCGGGAGCGGGCCGGGGGGGCUGGUGAGCCCCGGGAGCGGGCUGGGGGGGCUGUCGAUCAUGUCGUACAACGGGGGGGCCGUCAUGGCCAUGCGGGGCCGGGGCUGCGUGGCCAUCGCCGCCGACCGGCGCUUCGGCAUCCAGGCCCAGACCGUGACCACGGACUUCCAGAAGAUUUUCCCUAUGGGAGAAAGACUCUACAUCGGGUUGGCAGGACUGGCCACGGACGUGCAGACAGUAGCCCAGAGGCUGAAGUUCAGGCUGAAUCUCUAUGAGCUGAAGGAAGGCAGGCAGAUUAAACCUCAGACUUUCAUGAGUAUGGUUUCCAAUCUGCUCUACGAGAGACGGUUUGGACCUUACUACACAGAACCAGUCAUUGCUGGGCUGGACCCCAUCACACACGAGCCUUUCAUCUGCUCCCUGGACCUGAUCGGCUGCCCCAUGGUGACCGACGACUUCGUGGUCAGUGGCACCUGCUCUGAGCAGAUGUAUGGGAUGUGUGAGUCCCUCUGGGAGCCUGACAUGGAACCUGAACACCUCUUCGAAACCAUCUCGCAGGCCAUGCUGAAUGCUGUGGACAGAGAUGCCAUCUCUGGCAUGGGGGUGGUGGUGCACAUCAUAGAGAAGGACAAGAUCACCACCAGGACCCUGAAAGCUCGGCUGGACUAGCCCAGCUCAGCUGCCUCUCACAGCCCAGCCUGCCUGCAUCUUUUUUUUUUUUUUUUAAAUAAAACUAUUGUAGUGAA